AAUAAAAUGCAGGCAGAAACAAUGUCAAAUUCUGAUAUCAUUCUUCUUGAUUCCAUACAAAGUUACCUCCUAAAUGAUUCUGAUUUUCCAGAUGAAUUUUACAACCCUAACCCUGAUUCAACCUUAACCACAUCAUUUUGGGAGCAAUUGAGCUAUGAGGAAGUAGGGGCGAAUCGACAUUUUACCUCGGAAGGGGGUGAAAACGCAGAACCGGUGGAGUGGAGGCGCUACCGCGGCGUGAGGCGGCGCCCGUGGGGGAAGUUUGCGGCGGAGAUAAGGGAUCCGGGGAAGAAGGGGGCGAGGCUUUGGCUGGGGACGUACGAGACGCCGGAGGAUGCAGCGCUGGCUUACGACGAGGCGGCUUACGAGCUGCGCGGCUCGCGAGCCAGGCUCAAUUUCCCUCACCUUAUUGGCUCCUCGGGCGCUGCAAGGAAGCCGGCUAGAGUCGGUAAGCGACGGCAGCCGCCGGAGCCGUCUACAUUGACCGGAAUAAUGAGCGGCUGUGCGAAGAAGAGGAAAAGUUGAUGGUAGCUACCAAAGCUUGAACAAAUUCACAACUUUAACUGUGACGAAAAAGAAAAUUGCAAGUUGGCACAUGUUUUGUAUUAAACAAUUAAAAAAGAAACAAAAAAAAUAUAUAUA